CUCAGUUCCUCUUUUCCGCUCUACACCUGCUUUUCUUAUUUUUCUACUCAAAUGGAGGCCGAAAUUCCAGCGUCGUCGCUCAAAGCAUUUUACAAGGCGCUACAGUGCCUAGCACGUAUAGGUACCGACAUUUCGUUUGCGGCGCGAAGCGAUGAGUUGGAGCUCAUUGGCAUAAAUGCAUCGCGGUCUGCCUAUGCGUCGUUCAAAUUCACCCAGCAGUUCUUUGACGCAUAUAACGUUCUGUUGCCCCCUGAUGGCUCGCCGUCACAGGCAUUCCGAUGCAAGGUUCUGUCGAAGCCGCUUGUCGGCAUAUUCAAGUCGCGCGGCCCACAGCCCGUCCAUGCAGUCGAGAAAUGCGUGCUGCGGAUCGAGCAGGCUGCCGAGCCUAUGCAUGCUGGACGCCUUGACCGCGACAGCUCUAAUAUGAUGUCGAACGUCAAUGGAGAGUGUCGGCUGGUGGUGCAAAUGACGUAUAAGCAAGGAAUUUGCAAAACGCACCGGCUGUUCUAUGAAGUGUGCGAUACGUUGCACUCUGUGUACCGCAAGGACGAGUGCAAGAACCGGUGGCGCGUGGGUGCCAAGGUAGCCGCUGACUGGAUCGCACAUUUUGCGCGUGGGCUUGAAGAAGUGUCAAUUUGGAUGUCCACAAGCGAAGUCAAGGUACGGAGCUGGGCCGAAGGGCAGUUCGCUGGUAUCGGUAGGUCGCAGAUCGAGGCAGCUGUAGCAGAGACCACAAGGGCUCUACAGACGGAGCUGACAGUGGAGCCAGCAGAGUUUGACAUGUACAGCGUGGCUGGACACCAUCCGACCGAGCUGACAUUUGGGCUGCGCGAAUUCAAGGCAGUGCUACAGUAUGCAGAAGCGAUGGCAAUGCCUGUAUCUGCGUAUUUUGAUAAAGCUGGCGACCCGCUCCUUCUCAGUGUCAACUCGACACGGCGAAGCGAUGAUACUGGCAUGUACAGCAUGGCACCAGACGACUUGACUGCCGAAUUCGCCAUUGCCACCAUCUCAAACUACAUUGACGCAGUGUCUACGCCAGGCAGCGCGAGUUCGGUGAGAUAUAACCGCACACCUCAACUCAAUCGAGCAGGAAAGAAACCAGUACAUGAAGUGGACGACAUCAGUCAGCCAUCUCCAUCACGCAGCAGCGUCCGUACAACCGGUUUACGGAGACACGAGGAGACCAUUUAUGAUGUCGAUGUCAGCAUUGUGCCAUCGCCGUCGCCAUUUGUAUCGUCAGCACACAGCAGCAAUGCUGGACUCUGGGCGAACAACAACCCGGCGCUCGAUCGCUCAGACUCUUUACUCAACACACCCACCCCGUCAGCAAGCACCAUGCGCCGCGCAGCUACUGCCGGCACCGGCAGAUCGCAGAUCGAACAGAAUUUGCCAGCCGGGCCAGCCAGCCAGCCGCUCAGCGAUGUAUCAGUGCAGCCUACUCCGGUGAUGAACAGCCCGGCCAACAACACCCGUUCAUACAGGCUUUUGCAGAUGCCCAGACCAGCAGCGCCGCCUGGGGUUACUGACCAGGAGAACGAAGACGAAGAAGAUGAGGCCUCGCGUCUGGCACCUCCUGGGAAGGUACAGACAAGGCUGCCAUAUAAACCAACGUCGGCGAACAAGGAUGGUCCCAUUGAGCUUGACUCAGACACAGACAUGUCUGGCGAAGAUGAGGAUCUCGAUGCCACUCCGCCGCCGCCAUCGAAACGCAUGAAGAGUCUGUUUUGAGCUGGCAUGGUGAUUUUCUAUUGCGAACAAACAUGUAACGUGUAAACAA